UUUUGUUUCUCACCCCCUCCAGCUUGACUUUGCAUGAGAGUGGAAACCUGCGUGGAUUUGAGGAGACGCCAGCCGAGGGGAGCGUGGUUGCUUAAUAUUCGAGACGAGGACAUGGGCUCCGUUUCCAACCAGGACUUCCCAGGGGUGUGCAAGGCCGACGAGGACUCUGGCCCCAGCAUCACGGAGGAGGAGGACUCCUCGCAGUCCUUCCGCGGCCUCGGCGUGUGUAAAUGGUUCAACGUGCGGAUGGGUUUCGGCUUCCUGUCCAUGACCAGCCGGGAGGGCGUGCAGCUCGAUGAACCGGUGGACGUCUUCGUGCACCAGAGCAAGUUGCACAUGGAUGGCUUCCGCAGCCUGAAAGAAGGGGAAGCCGUGGAGUUUACCUUCAAGAAAUCCUCAAAGGGUCUGGAAUCGCAGCGGGUCACGGGACCCGGCGGCAUCCACUGUGUGGGCAGCGAACGCCGACCCAAAGGCAAGAAAGUCCAGAAGCGACGCUCAAAAGGAGAUCGGUGCUACAACUGCGGCGGGCUGGACCACCACGCUAAGGAGUGCAAGUUGCCGCCUCAGCCCAAAAAGUGCCACUUCUGCCAGAGUAUCGAUCACAUGGUGGCCAACUGUCCAAUCAAAGCACAGCAAUCCUCGCCGGGUUCUCAGGGAAAGCCUUCGUCCUUGAAGGGGGACGAGGAGGAGCACGGACGCUCUUCUGCACCUCCACUGCCGCCUCCUCAGGAGCCCUCUGAUUAGGCGGGCGUGGUGAUGGGGAGGUCAUGGGUAGCACAGAGGCCAAUCAAACUGCUUUACUGGAGCAAGGGGCGGGGGGGCACCACCUCCUGCCUGAAGCUUGUUUUGGAACUACCUCAGGUUGAAAAAUAUUCUCACGAAUGCUGCAGAUUUUGUUGUUAUUGAUUACACUCAGGAAUACUGCUGUUUUAUUGCACUCCUUCCAAUAGUGAGAAUCAGUGCUGUUCUUGGACGAAGAGGACCACCAUCAUCAUCUUAAAUCACUCUGCUUUUUUUUUGUUGCCUCUUCUCAGGCCGCUCUACCUUUUUUGUUUUUUUUAACUCAGGUCGUCACAUCGCACACUUUAGCUGCCUUACUUUCCCGAUGAGCGAUGUGAUAGUUAAAGGGAGGUGACUGGGUGGGGUUCGGGGGUGGGAGGGGUUGGGGCGCUAGGUUUGCCAGAGCGCCACUAUUGCAGUCGGCCGCGUUGAAUGUCGAGAUCGGAAGCAGUUCCGCUUUUGAUCACCAUUUUGCUUUUAAAUCAUGGCAGCAUAUGCUACACUAUCAGUACUAAUCACCUUAACCACACAUUAUUCACAGAGAUUUAAUCACAUGCUAAUCCCAGCAUUAGUCCAUAGCUGUCCUCGAAACGGCCAAACGAUGUCCCCGUUUUUUUUUUCCUCUCCCCUCUCAGCUCCCUAUGAGGAAUAGUUGUUGAACCCUCAGGCACAAGCCCGAGCAGAGCAGCCUGUGGACCUACCUAGCUAAACGGCGUCAUACUCCCGUUUUACAGGAGACGGCGACGCCUAAUUAAUAUAUACUGUAUGUAAAGUUAUUCUUUUUUCUUCUUUUUGGAAAGAGAGAAAUCACGCUACGUAUUUAUUUUCAUCCAAGAUGUGAUGCAGCUUCUCAGGAAUCAAGAAAAUCCUUACAGUUCAACGCAGUAGACAUUGGGGAUGGGCGUGGUCAUUGAUUUGUGUCGAGCAGGUGUGUCCAAAGUGCGACCCGUGGGCCAUUUGUGGCCUGCCCCUGGAGUAUUAAAAUCAAAUGAAUUCCUUAUUAAUGCUAUAUCAGAUAUUACACUCAUUUGCUUGGUCACCUAUGACACAAAUUGGUGCAGUUUUAGCAUCUUUAAUGCACAAUGUGUAUCGAAGUGCGCCCUGUAUGAGGCCCUCAGUGGAAAACGUUUGGACGCCUCCGUUGUCGCUUGGGGCAAAAUGGAGUGCACUACUUGACCUCAACCAGCAGAGGCACUCUUGUUUCAGUCUCCACUUUUGGUUGCUGUCUAUGACUGCAAACUGGCACAAAAACAGGAGUUCAGAACAACAAAACAAUGGAUUUAUUCAUUUUUUUGUUUGUUUUUGCCUUUUCCCUCAUAGUCCUGGGCUGUCCAAACUUUUUCCACCGUGGGCCGCAUACAGAAAAAUCAAAAGACGCGGGCGACCACUUUGAUAUCCUUUGCAACGCUAAAACCAGUCCACUGUACGGUAGUUUUGAUAUAUGUUAAGCUAUUUUGAGAAAACAUUAACAUAUUAGCCUGCGAUUGGCUGGCGACCAGUCCAGGGUGUGCCCCGCCUCUUGCCUAAAGUCAGCUGGGAUAGGCUCCAGCAUACCCCGCGACCCUAGUGAAGAUAAGCGGCAUUGAAAAUGAAUGGAUGGAUGGAUUAACAUCGCUAACUGUGAUAUCAAAUAUUAUUUUGCAUGAAUGAUGAAUUCAUUUUAAUUUUACAUUGUGCCAAGGGCCAUUGAAAAAAAAUGACCCGAAAGCCAAAAAUUGCCUCUGGGCCGCACUUUGGACGCCCUUGUAUUAAUAUACAGUAUGUCAUAGGAUUUUUGUAAUUUUUUGAUUAAUUUUGUAUUUUUAAUGCUUCAAUCUAUGCCAAAAAAUGCAGUGUUACUCUGCACUAAUCAUGUGUAAGAUGCAUUAACUUCUGUGAAACCUCCUUUUUUAUAUGGUGUAUAUUUUUACUUUUAACAUUCAGUAUCGUUCCUCCUCCUCUCAGGAAAAUGGUGUAAACUCAGGGAUUUCAGCCAUUCACCCCCCCCCCCCCCCCUUUACGGAUUUGAUGUGUCACGCCAUGAAAGAAAAUGUUCCGCUGCUGUUCUGUUCCUCUAUGAUGGUGGUAGACGGGGAUGUAGUAGAAUAUGAAGGGAUGCAGGGUGGGGUUGAUAGUGAAAUCAUCUCUCUCAAAACAUGGCCGACGCUUGGUGUUCCAGACUAUCAAUGCUUAUGACAAAUAGAAUGUUGUCUCUCUCUCUCUCACACACACACACACACACACACACACACACACACACUAUGCGGCGUGAAGGCAAGGUGGAAGUGCUUCCAGUUGAUUUAGAAAUUGUAUUGUGAUGUUUGCUCUAUGAUGUCAUUGAGCCCCCCUCAGUGAUGUGUUUUGGUGAUUCUAUGUUUCUAAGCUUCUCAGGGUAACUCUUCUUCUUUUUUUUAUUAUUUUAUCUUUGUGACACAUCAGCCAUUUCAUGAUUAGUUUUUGUGUGGUAUAUUAUCAAGUGAAUGGCUCUAGAGCUCCAAAAAUAAAAAGGUGAAAAAAUGAAAGAUGUGCAUUUAUGAUGAAUGUAUGGAUGUUGACCAUAAAAAGGUGAUCUUGACCCUCUCAGGCGAUGAGUUUUGUCGAAAAUGAGCAGCAUGUACUGUAGCCUUGUCACAAGUCUCACUGCCAUGAUGUUU